AUGAAUAGCAUUCGUUUCUGUCGAUGGAUCAAGGGUCCUCUUAAACUCAUGCCUCAUCAAGGAGGAGGCCAUUUCCAGAAAACGUUCAAACGGUUCUCAUCUACAGGCGGUGAAAACAGAAUAAGAGAUAUCUUAACUGAGAAGUUAUCCCCGAGCUCUCUUCGAGUUAUCGACGUCUCUGGAGGAUGUGGAAGCAUGUACCAAAUUGGAAAAAAUACACUAUCACAGCACCGGAUGGUUAACUCCAUUUUAAAGGAAGAGAUUAAAGGGAUGCACGGAUUAAAUCUCUUAACUGAGGUGGACGAAGAAAAUUCUAAGGAUCCAACUGUUUCUGGAAAGCAGUAG